GUCCAUUGGAAUUGUCAUUAAAAUGACCAUUGUUUUAUACAAUACAAUUACAAUUAUGUUUAAUCGACAAUUUCAAUUCAUAAUUACCUUAUUAAUCUAUUUAUCUUAUAUUAAAGGAUUUACUAUACAUAAUGAAUAUCUUCAAAAUGAAAAUUUAUUGAACUUAUGUGAUCGUUGCAAUAGAACAAUUGCUAGGGUAAUAAAUGAUUUAUCGGAUUUGAAUUUUCAAUUGAAAUUGGAAAUGAAACUUGUCAAUGGAUGUAAAUAUACUGGCCCGCUUCGUGAUAAUUGUGCAUCACUAUUCAGUUCAACAAUGAUUAAAAUUAUCAACAAAUUUAUAGUAAAUAUGAAACCUGACAAAGUUUGUAAGAAUAUAUUUUUUUGUUCCAUAUAAGUUUCGUCAUGGUAUGACCAAUUCAAUCAGCUCUGUAUUCAUCGACAACCUUUAACCAUUUGGAUUUUCCUUUCAACAAAGUUUACUACUGAAAUAUAUAUAAAGUAACAUAAAAUUGUGCGAGUAAAAUAUGUGGUGCAUCUCAAUAAAAAUGUAUUUGAAUAU